AUGGACAUGCUUCGCAGCCAUUCUCUGCCUCGCGAAUCUCCUAGAUCAUAUACUGAUGAGGAGGUCAGUUUGCUCCCAUUACUCGCUGUAUGCGCAGCAGACCGGUAUAUCGACGGACUUGACUAUGUGGAAAAUGAGGAUUUCGAAUUCUCGCACACAGAGGCUGGCCAGGGAAGUCUCAGUGCUCUUUUUGGUGAUCUCUCAGACUUUAGACGAGAUCUUGAGGCCCCAUCAAGUAUCGAGCUUCACGUCAUCGUGCAGUUGGUCCUCUGGCGGAACAAUCCGUUCAAUGCAAAUUUCCACUCGCUAUGGGAGGGACUUAAUAACGGAGAGUACCCUGCAACCCAUCGCGCAUACUCUCCCAGAAUAUACUCUUAUGCUCUCCAGCGAUUUCGUGCUUAUGCGAUUACUUCAAGAGGGUCAAAUAACACGGAAUUUAUGACUUUGUUCAUGAACAAGUUUCCACGAUUCGCUGACAUUGCUGGACUCGACGACCCCGACCUUGGCUCACAGAGGAAGUUGGCUUUGUGCACCCGACUCUGUGCGGCUCCCUGGUUUGAAAAUUAUAUCGACGAAGGCAACAGACGCCAAAAUAUCAUUACGGAGAUAAGGAAGGCCGGGCAGAGGAGACAUACAAUGACGAAGGAGCGACUCAACGCUCUUGCACGUCUUUCACUCGCCCUCGAGCCGAUGUUGGCGAUUUCUCGCUUUUCCAACGAUCAAAGCACGGCGUCGAGCUACCAAACGAACCACCAACUCGCAUUUCCAGAUGGAAACACAUCAGUAACAUCCAUCGAACUCGAAAACGACGACGAAAUGCAGCCAACAGACACACCGGCUGGUGAGACUGCAAGUGACCCAGAGUUUGACGGAGGGAGACAGCGAGUCCGAGUAGACGAGCGGAAAAAGAGAUUUCGGUGGGAUAUCGAACACAGGCGGUCUGUGGAUCUCCAUUUGGGCCAUCUGGACGAACUCCCAGCACACUUCGCUUCGACUCAACAGCCGCCCACUACCGCUACCAGCCUACCAUUGAGACCGCGGAGACGCCGUAGUCGCUCGUUUAGUGGAGAAGAACUCUUCGACUAUAAAGCACCACUUGCGACGGAAUCAUAUCAGCGCAAGCUUGCACUCUUGCGGUCUCAGAGGGCAAGUCUAUCCCGUCCUCCAACAGCAGCUCUCGUUGCUCGCCUUCCAAUACUAGAAGGAGAUGCAUGGCAAGACAAGCCAUUCUCACCGUCCAGCGGUGUGCCAACCAUUCUCAAGCGACCAUCUACACAGUGUCCGACCGGACCUAACGAGGAACAACUCACUGUAUCCUUUCCAAGCCUCGAGGUUCAAGGAUCAACACACAACAUAUCCUUCGACCCAGUUUCACCAAGCGAAAUCCCAUCGCUGACCGAGGAGCCUUCCGAAUCCAUCACGGCACCGAGUAGUCCAUUCUUUCCUCCCCUCCCGACGCCAGUUCCUUCUGCUGUCGUUACCGGAAUCGUACCCAAGUUCAAGCCACCUAAUCCUGUACAAUCACCAAAGCUCGCCAUUCCACGAACUUUGCCCAAAGACCGUUCUGCGUCUGAGCUCCUUUUCUUACGAUCCAGAUCCAUUGACCACAAUCCAUCUCCAGAUCUCAUGUACAAGUCCAUUCCUUCUCGCAUAUCUCGACCCGCCCCCGCACUCAUGUCCAAUAAUACCCCCAUGCAACGGUCUAAUAGUCGUCGUCAACAGUUACUCCCUAAUCCAUCACAAUCCCCGCCAGUAUUCUUUUCCAAUCCGUCGCUGUCUGGCGUGUAUAUCCCAGCAUCAGUACACCCGUCUUCAUCUGGAAUGAAGCCCACUCAGCCGUCACCUCCCAACCCGGUUUCACUCACUACUUCGCCACGAUCGCCAGUUGGCCAUUCCAUAUCACCGCAUACACCGCAGUCAUCCAUGCUUUCACCCGUUCCUACACCGUCCAUUUCCAUUUUGGAUGAGAAUCAAUUCGAGCCGCCACAUCGCGCAGAAUCUCCACCCUGGCGAACCGUCAAAUCAGGCAGUUUCACCUCUCCUCGCCUAAAGCCCAAUUCUGCCGCCUCUGCCGAUCCGCUGGGUCCAAACCCGGGACUCGUCAGCUUGAUCAAGAGCCCUCCAGUAACCCCAUUCACGUCGGUCCACCUCCAAAUCGACGAACUCCCCAACGAAGGCGACUCGGAUCAAGAGUCCAUUCGCCCGAGCGUGACAACCCCACAGUUCAACACUUCGCCCAUCAAGAUUUCGCUUUCCGAGCCUACUCCAUUAUCAGAGCAGGCCCCACCCCAACGACCGAUCACGCCUGUUUCGGUCUCUGGCAGUGUACACCCCUCUCCCAGGCCCGAAAUUCUUUCGCCUUCCCCGCCUAUUCGACUCGAUCUGCCUCCAGAAACACCGCCGAUGGAUCCGUUUGCGCUACCGCUCUCCACCGAAGCAGUCGAAGAGGCGCUGGACAAGGCGAUCAUGCCAUGGCCCAUCAAAGAGCGCGAAGCAAAGGGAAUCAUGCCGAUUCGAAAGAUUGUCAAGAGAGUUGAGAAGGGAGAAUGGGAGAAUGCACCCAAGUCUGACCAAGUUCCUCGUGAGAGCGCUCUAUGGCGGCUCAUUCGCGCUCAAAGACUAUGGAUCCAAGGAAAUCAAGACUUGUUCAAGCUCAAGCAUCCUUCCGGCGUGCCAAGAGACCACAAAUCCCCCAAGACGCAGUACGUCGAUGACGGCGAACCCUAUCGGGCGAUAGAGGUGUUAGUCCGAGCGAUUCUCCUCGACCCACGCGUCGUUGCGUUCAAGUCUAUGGAAGCCAGGAGGGACUUUAUAGAGCAGCUGGCUUGGCAAAUCUUUGCCGAUUCCAAGCAGUCUGGUUGGCCUGAACUCAAUGACGACCAAAUCAACCUCGACGACUUGUUUGCUCAAGCAGAGGCUCGUGCUCAUGGAGAAGGACCACAGCAUUCUGUUGGGCCUAUCAAUACCCGUCGAGGGUUAGCCGGCUUCAUCCGGAGCCACGUCGUCCUCGCGAUUCUAGAGGAGCAAGACGGCUUCACCCAACGCGCCGUUCUGAAGUACGGUCGCGCUCUCGAUACCAUCGUUUGGGUAAACCAGACGCUUGGUGCCGCUCCAGACAAGAUUCUCUAUGGCAAGGGAGACGCAAAAGAGCGUGUCGAGUCGGUUUUUGAUGGCGUCUUUGCUCGUGGCGUUCAGAUUCGACUUGGCCACACCCUCAUCGCGCAAUACAACUAUAUCAAGCGAGAAGCACAGUACCAAUCUCUUCGCAAUGACCUCUUGGCAGAACUUCUCCAGGGCUCGAUGGACUUGUUCGAGUCGGUCUCUCAGCUGGUGAUGAACCCCUACGUCAAUAAGAAUCUCAAGCUCGAGGUGUACAUCUCAGACUUUGUCUAUCACGUUGCACAUGCCCAUUUUUUCCAAGGAUUUUAUGCCAGGGAAACCGCCAAGAUCAUUCUCGACAUGAAUCUUUCGAGUCCACGCACCAAUAGACCGGCAUCCGAAGUCGCCCGUGAGCGCAGCGCGUCCGCCGCAAAAGCGUUUACGCAAGCAGCCUUGUUGUUCCCCGACGACGAAGAGGAGAGGAUACAGUGCUUUGAGAUGGCGCUCGAGGAAAUGCUCAAGGUCGGAGGGCUGCGAGUCGCCGAGGCGCUUGCAAUGUACGACUCGCUCAAGGACGCUCAAGUCAUUACCGACCGUCUUUGGAAUUACCACGCACCCAACGACGAUGAAGACGGGGAAGAUGUGACGAGUGGGCUGUUUGACGACGAUUCGGCGACGGCAAAGAAGAAGAAGAAGAAAAAGAAGAAAAAGAAGGACACUUUGGCUACUGACGUUGUCGAGGGAGCUUCGACAGACAAACCAUCAACUCCCGUCGUACCCACCACGCCUCGAAAGGAGCCUGGUACUCCCAAAACACCAGCCCUACUCACAGUGCAGACACCGCAGCAGAAACCCGCGCUUCUUUCGUCUGCGUCUGCUCGUUCGGUGCUGUUGGACCGAUGGUUUGGCACGCUUCGAAGGAACCGUGACGAGCAGCGGAUCAUGGGAGGCGAUCUCAUUCACGCGGCACGUAACCUACGUGGUCGUCCGGAGAUCGUGUGGAAGGACUUUUCCGAAGAGGAUGCUGCGUUGGAAGACGAGGCAGACGGAGGGAGUAUCCCGUGGGCGAGCUGGGGAAUGCGAAGCGUCAAAGCGACUAAAUGGGAGGACCUCAUUAAGGAGGAGAAUGGGAAGAAGAAAAAGACUCUGCAGAAAGAUGGCGACAAGGCGAAAAAGGUUGUCAUUGGAGGCGAAACCGGGCAGACGCCACCAUCCACGACGACGACGUCUGCUCGCAGCACUAGUCCUCAACGACUGAAGCCAGCGAUCAAAUCAACAAAGCGCGCGACGAUCUCUGCGCGCGAAUUUGAAGAGAGCCUCGAGUCGAUUGCCAAGAUUUCGCCCGAGCUGAGUGAACUCGUCAAGUCGGCGGAUAUAGAGGAGAUGGCGGACUUGAUGGCCAAGGAGAAUGAAGUGGCCCAAAGUCCGCUGCUGGAGGGAAAGGACAUCCAGCUCAAGCCCGCGGCGAGCGAGUGGGAACGGCCCACGCCGUGGAGUAUUGUACAACGAUUGUCGAAGCAGAAGCUGUUCGCGAUCGCACUGGAUGCGUUUAGCGACGGGGCACGAAAGUAA